UCUGGGUGCUUCGUCGCUUAUAAUUUGCAAAAAUUAACACGGAUUUGUACCAGCAACAAUAAUCGCGAAUGUACUAUAGAUAGCUAAAACACUUAGGGUACAGAUGUUAGCUAAGCUAGCUCUACGUUAGCUUGACAGGUAGGUUUCUAGUUAGCUAGCUUGCCUAACGUAGCUAUAUGGCAGCUGCUUCAGUCAGUUGGGACAACAAAGUGUUUGGUUGCGUUUUACUAAUGUAGGUAAGUGGUGUGGUGAGAGCACAAUGUACGUACCUAGCUAGCUGGCAAGUUGUUUUCCCGCAGAUAGCUAACGUGUUAGGUUACAUAUGGAUGGGAUAGCCCAUUCAAAUAGACGGUCAACUUUAUUAAACGUUAGGGAGGACUGUUGUAAACUGGGUAUACCCCACUUGGGUUCUCAGAGAGCUAGUUUAAGGUUAGCCAGAGAGCUAGCUAGCAUUUACCUCCAUGUUCCGUAACGUUAUGCAUUUGCAUUAUAUUGCUGAACAAAAACAUAAACGCAACAUGUAACUUAAAGUGCUGGUCCCAUGUUUCAUGAGCUGAAAUAAAAGAUCCCAGAAAUGUUCCAUAUGGACAAAAAGUUUCUCUCAAACUUUGUUUACAUCCCUGUUAGUGCCAAGAUAAUCUAUCCACCUGAUAUCAAGAAGCUGAUUAAACAGCAUAAUCAUUACACAGGUGUACCUUGUGCUGGGGACAAAAGGCCACUUUAAAAUGUGCAGUUUCGUCACACAACGCCACAGAUAUCUCAAGUAGAGGGAGCGUGCAAUUGCCAUGCUGACUGUAGGAAUGUCCACCAGAGUUGUUGCCAGAAAAUGUAAUGUUAAUUUCUCUACCAUAAGUUGCCUCAAUGUAGUUUUAGAGAAUUUGGUAGUACGCCCAACCGGCCUCACAACCGCCAGCCCAGGGCCUCCACAUCUGGCUUCUUCGCCUGCGGGAUCCUGCUCAGGGGUAUUUAUGUCUUUAAUAGAGCUCUUUUGUAGGGAAGAACAAAUUCCAAUUGACUGGGCCUGGCUCCCCAGUGGGUGGGCCUAUGCCCACCCAUGGCUGCACCCGUGCCCAGUCAUGUGAAAUCCGAAUCAGCAAAGUCUCUGACAUUGUUGCGUUUAUAUCUUUGGUCAGUAAAUUAGUGAUAGCGAAUUUACGUUAGUAUGGUUAUUUUGUUGUGACGGUUAUUAACUUAGCUAGUUAGCUAACUGUGACUUCUGCUUAAACUUUAGCCAAAUAUUUUUUUAAAGUAAGUUAGACCACAGCCUGUUGUUUCCAAUGGGAACAAAUUAGUCAUAGUGGGCAGAACCAAGCACAAGCUAGUGUGAUCCUAUUGGUGCGUUCUAGUAAACAUUUGCAUAUUUCCAUUAGGGAACUCCUACUUUGAAGUGGCCAUAACUCAAAUUGCCUUUGCACUCCUAAACAACGCAAUAAAAAAUAGAAAAAACUUUGGCAAAGAGUAAAGACUACAAAACUUUGUCCACUUUGUUCAGCACAUAUUUUAGUUUUGGGAACAGAAAUCUGUAUUGAGAUGAAAUGUUUCAUUGAGAAUUUGCAGAAUGUCGGCCAAAAUCCACAUCGUUCCAUUUUCUCCCACUGCCGGCCAAUGGGCUUCCUCUCACUGCCAUAUUUGGUAGUCACAUCAGCAGCUGAUGUUCCUCUCUGAAUGUCAAAUGGAAACAAAUGCCAACGUUAUAUAAACAAGGAGCUUCAGUACACUGCUGUCUCCCAGGCAUCAAUCUUAUCGGUCAGUACCACUGACUAAAUGUACAAGACUGAUGGACUUUAAUCACCCCUAUGAAGAUCAUUCAACUGGAAGAGUUGGACUGAAUGCUCUGUGCUUCACAUGCAAGAUACUUCAAAACGUGCAAUAGUAAAUUGAAAAAUGACUGGGAGAAGCCAGCACUAUGGUUUCCAGUCAGCCACGACCAUGCAGCCUGCCAAUGGAGGACAUGUCUACCUAUUUGGGAACAGCGCUGAGAACGAUCUCGCUGAGGAUGGAGAGAGCUACGAGCUGCGCACCCGAGGCCGGGACCGGAGGAGCACCUCCAGGGAGAGGUCAGACGACAUUGUCCACCUGGUCCGAGACAUUAAAGAAGGGGACACCCUGAAUAGCUUCUCCCUGCAGUACCACUGCUCAGUAACAGACAUCAAGAGGGCCAACAAUCUGUUGACAGAGCAGGACUUCUUUGCGCUGAGAUCCAUCAAGAUCCCUGUGAAACGGUUCAGCGUGCUGACAGAGACCCACAACACUGCUCCUCUCAAAUCUGCCUCCCCAACAGGCCACCGACGCAUCCACCAGCCCCCAGUCUCCAUAGAGACUUGCACAGACUCCUCCUCCUCCACAGACAGUGUGGGCAACUUCCUGCAGGAGAAGGACAAGGAUAUUGAGCUGCUGGUCAAGUCCACUGGCACCUCCAGAAACAGCCUGAACGAGGUGGUCUCCUCCCUGGCCCUCCAGCAGCCCUUACUGGGGGAGCCUGACUUCAAGCCUGUCCUCAGGAAGGACCCCUACCAUGGGGCAGACUGGGGCAUGAGGUGGUGGAUGGCGGUGGCCAUCAUGGUGGUGGUUGGCAUCGUCACACCAGUGUUCUACCUGCUGUAUUACGAGGUGCUGAUGAAGGUGGACGUGAGCCACCACACCACCACGCCGUCGGCCAAUCCGAAUGGCAUACAGAAUGCCCAGAUGUCUGAGCCUGUGGCAAUCAAUGGAGGGCCCAACUCAAGACCUCACGCUGGAAACGUACCUAAACCAGACUCACAUGGACACAAUGAUGUGGAUGACCACCUUGGCCCCAAGAAAGAGAAAACGUAGUGAGGGUGAGAGUCACUGAAGGAGUGGGAGAUAUUUCCGAGCAGUUCUAUUGGGUACAAUUUCUCAGAGAAUCACUUUAUGGGGAACAGAAUCCAUAGGAAAAUUUAUGGAGGGGAAUAAUUUUCCAUAUGUUUUUAAAAACGUUUUUUAAAGCACUUUUCUUUUUUUUCCGCACAGAGGUACCCAACUGCUUAUUGUCCCCUUUGUCAGCUGAUGGAACUGUUUCCGUAACGCUGUCUAAAGGGUUUGUGCUAUCUGGUAUCCUUGGGAUGUCCCUACCCUUAACCCCUACGUUACCAUAUGAGGUUUCAACUUGAAUGGGUUGAUGUCAGAGUUGGACAUCCCAAUGACCCGGUCUAAAGUGAGGGUUAUUUUCUUGGUCAGAAAAGUACUGAUUGCUGCCACUUAUCAAUGACAGUAAUUUGAGGAAUAUUGGUCUUAUACUUUCAGUAUUGUCUAAAAUGUGUUACAAAUCUUGAACAUUGCUUGUAUAUUUUUUUGCCUGUCUAGGGAGAACUGCAUUUUGACUCACAAAACCUAUAUUUCUACUUAGGGCAUGGUGACAAAACAGGAAAUGCACAAUAUUCCCAAACACUAGCUUGCUAUAUUCUAGUGAAAUGUUAUUUUUCCUCAUGUCCAUUUCAUAAAAUCAUGUGUAACAAACAGUAUGUGCCUUCAACUUGUGGAAAACUAAAACAGGCUGAAAAAUAAGUAUAUUUUGAAUAAAUUAUUGAUGCUCAGA